ACCUCACCGCUCCCUGGACCGACAACCAACCAAUCACAGCCAAUGCCCAAAUCAAUAAAGAUAACAGGGAUAACCUAACCCUGUUCAAAGAUGUCAAGUGUGCUGAAGUGGAUGUCAGUGGCUUGUGAGAUUUUGUUGAUGGGAUGAUCUAGUUUAGCAAGUAGUGUUUUUAGUCAUUCUGAUGCCUUUUUUAACCAAGUUUAAAUUUAUCUGAACAUACCACCCGCUUAAUGGCUCAUUUUCCCCCUCCUAACAACGUGACAGCAUUCGGUCAUGAAGUUUUCUCAGUGAAUGGUUUGUUUAUUUUUCAAAGCACCUGUAUUUAAUCUGGGUCAGCGGUGUAUUUAUUAAAGUAUUCUUUGAUUUUUUGAUAUCGUAUUUGAUAAAAUGCAUACCGGGUCCGGGAACACGAACUCCUACAGAUGCUCUGAUGAACCAGAGCAAGAAAGAUCUUCAACUCCGGGCGAAGCCUUGCAAAUACGUAACCCAUUAUUGUGUUCUAUUUGCAAUGACUACUACACAGAACCUUGCAUCUUGGAUUGUUAUCACUCAUACUGUGCCAGGUGUCUUCGAGGAAGAAUAAUCGACAAUAAGAUCAGCUGUCCAAUUUGUGGGCAAUCAACAGCUCUUAAGGAUCAUGCCAUUUUACCACCUCAUGAUAUUCUGAUGAGAAAUUUGGUAGAGUUGGCAAACUCUGAAAACCCACCUUGUGCCAAUUGUGACAAGCGUGAUAAGACAUCUAUGUACUUCUGCAUCACUUGUGGUCAGGCGCUUUGCACACGAUGUCGAGAAAAUACCCACAGAGCAAAAAUGUUCUCUGCUCACGAAAUUCUGCACAUGUCUCAAUAUCCAAGGGAUAAUUUCAAGCGGUGCUCUAAACAUGGGGAACAGUUCGUAAUGUUUUCUACAACCCAGCGAAAUAUGAUGUGCAUCACUUGUUUUCGGGAAACACCUCAAGAGUCUCGACAGAACUGUGUUGACAUUGACACUGCAUAUGCGCAAUACAGCAAGAAGUUGGAUAGGACUGUCACAUCAGUUUGUGAGGCUCAAAGCUCUGUCAGGGAAGGAAUACACACCUGCAGAAAUUUAUUAGAGGAACUUCGUCAAAAUACUGAUUCAGAGAAAAUGACAAUUCAUUCGUUCUGUCAAGGAAUGCAAGAAUCCAUCAUGAAAACACAAACAUCAAUGAAUCUUGAAGUUCAAAGACAAUAUGAAAGCAAGGAACGGAUUUUUCGCAAUCAGCUUGUGACCUUAAGCUCAAUACUGCCAGUGCUUCAACUGCACAUCCUUCUUAGCCGCAAUUUCGCUACAUCUGCCAACAAAUUUCAAUUUCUGGAAUUAUCACAAGCCAUGUUUGACAGACUGUCUUCCGUGGCUCAAAUACCGCAACCAUUAAGGCCCAUUCAGUCAAGCCAAAUACGCACUAAUUUCCGCUCAGAAUUUGCUCAUUGUUUGGAACCAUGGAUUGGAAAGCUUAUGCUUACACAUCAGCAACCUCCAACCAGUUAUCUUAAAGAAACAGCUCAUAUUUAUGAAAGCUCCCAGAACCUUCAACAAAAUCCGCCCGCAUCCCAAUCAACACAAAGCAUCCAAUCAACAACUCCAAACAAAAAACAAAGUUCAGCCCUGAAAGCAAAAGCAUUGGAAGGCGAAGGACCUUUUUCUAACCAUUGCCGAACUUUUGAUACCCAAAUAAAAGAACUAGGAUGCCAACUAAGUAAUGUUAGAGAACGACUCGGAGAUCUCCAUCGAGAUGUAACAACAUUGCGACGUGCUGCCAUGCCGCCACUAGUACUUCGACAUGAAAACAUAUCUCGAGACUGCGCUCGGUUGAAUGAUACAUUAGAGCAUAAUCAAGUUGAGCUGGAAAGACUCCGAUCAGUUUUUCAAACUCUUUGGCAAGAACAAUUGUGCAGAAUCCACGUUGAGCAAGAAAUAUUCCAUUCCCAGAUGAAUGAUAUCACAAAAUUACGUGCUGAGGUGAAACAAAUGGCCGUGGUAGCACAACAGCUUGAACCAUAUGUGAAGCAAUUUUCAGUCCAAAAUAAUUUAAACGAUUUAGCCAAUUUACAAGCACUAAUUGAAAAAAUAAACCUCCUCCAAGGGAAUCAGUCUGAUCAGCGUUCUCAUUGGAGAAGUGAUCAAACAGCUGCCAUAAAAACGAUAGAUGAUAAUUUGAACUUGGGAACCUGCAUGUCCAUGUCUGCCUCCAAUGAAAAUUUUCUCCAUCUUAAAGAUGAAAUGAACAAAUGUGAAGAACCCGUUCGGGAGAGCCACAGUGGAAGAGAUAUUCCACUUUUAGACAGUCUUUUAACAUAUGGUUCCCGAGGUCAAGUCAGAGGUGUUUUAAGUCAACUGAUUGAUAAGGUCCGAACUAAAGAAGAAAGGAAGGGUGAUCGUAAAAAAUCUCCAGUGCAAGAAGACACGGUCAAUAGAGAAAGGAGUAGAUCAGAAGGUCGUGGAGCUGAAUGCUUGAAAGACUGUAUGUCAGUGCAGAGACCAAAAUUAUUAACUCCUGGUAAAAUGGAGAAAGAGAGCUCUAAGAACUCAUCAUCCUUUCAUCAAUUUAGUAGUAAAGUAGGAAGUGCGAGAGACCGAUCGCAUUCAGAUAUCUCCAUGCUUUGCUCGGAGCUUGUCAAAACUGAAGCAUCUGCUCAAAAAAAAUUGCAAGAAAAUGAGCAGAAUAAUGCCAACACUCGUUCUCAGUGUGACAUACCAAAACAGCAGGAGCCUCGUUUAAAAUCAAGAUCCAAAGAAACCAAAAGACAACCACAAACACAUGCAAAAAGUCCAACAUCUUUCAAACCGCCAAUGGAUGCAGAUGAUGAUGAUGAUUACGGGCCUAUUAGCAGAGACAUUAUCCUAAGUAAAGCAAUGAUUCAUACACCACCUCGCUCAAAAACUCGAGCUCACUCAGACACUGAGGACUGUGUCUUUUAUCCCGAAAUCUCAAGUUCUGGAAGCAGAUCAUCCAUGGAUCUAGCAGAUGGGAGGAAGACUUUUUUUGUUGUCAUCAAUGCAAAAAAUAAAUCAUCAGGACUAAUGCGAAAACAGCGUUCAUGGGAUACUUUUCCACCAAAAAAACGGUGCCAUGAAAUUUCAAUGGCUAGUAAAUUUUGUCGUGACCCGGAUUCUUUCCAAGGUGGAUUUAACUUAAACAGCAUUCGAUCCGAGGGUUUGAAAAAAGCUGACAGUUUUGAAGGCCAUGAGGAAGCAGUACGUACACUUGUUGCAGCUGUUCAAGAGACAAGAACUCUUAGGAAGCCAAAACCGCCAUCAUCUAACACUGCCUGAAUUUAUUUUUAAACCACAACGACUCAUUUCUGAUUCUUAUGGCUAUCCUAUUUUGUCAACUUGCUCAUAGGAUCUGCUCUCUUCUUUAGAUUAAUCCUCUGUAAAGUAAUGACUAAGGAAUUAUUUAUAUGUCGGAUUGCUGUGAAAAAAAGAAAAGAAAAGAAAAGAGUAUUUUAUGAUAGUGUCUAUAAAUACAUAAAGUUUAGAAUUCAGAUUAAAAGGAAGUUCAUCUUAAGCUGUAAAUUUUUCCGCCAUAACAACAGCACAAAUGUGUAGGGAAGAUGAUUGUGUGCCGUAACAAGCUCUUUCUUUAAAAAAAAAUAGUCAAAAGAUACCUAGCUAAAUUCUAUGUAGCCAAAUGCAUAUCUUCAUAGCAAUGUUUAAAAAUGUGUUUCCUUUAAAAAAAAAUGGAACAUGAAUGGACACUCACCAUGCUGCAAUCCGAGGUAUGCAUUUUUCGACUUAAGCCAUUGGCAUGCUCUAUGCUUGUAAGAAAACCAUUCCAAUGAUACGGACAGAGCUUACAGAAACAUGGACGAUAUCAAUCACUUUCUGUCUUCCAUUUGAAUUAAUGUGAAUUAAUUUAAAUUAAUUUUGUGGUACACACAAGUUCUCAGAAAUGAGCCGUUUCUACUAAUUAGAUAUCCAUUAUAUACAUUAAUAUGUUUGAUAUAUGGUAUAAGUAAGUAGAAUAAUGUAACCAGACACGUGAUCCUUUGGUCUCAGAGCUCAUUUAAUCCUGCCAUUUACCAGUUAGCUAUUUCAUCAUGUUGUUAGCUAGUUACCUUACUUGAGAUCUUACGUGAGAAAAUAAGAUAAAACUUUUCUUCAACUUGGAAUGUUGUGACUGUUGGAAAAAACUAUCUCAGUAAAAUAAAAUUUGAUUUAUUAAAAUGAUUGCUGAUUGAAAUAAGCAUGCGGUUUAAACCGCUAAUCUUGACCCAACCAUUUUCAUCCAGGAAAAGGUCACCAGGACUUCAGAAAAAUCCAUUUUAUUUUCCCAUGUAAAAUACACUCAUUUACCUCUCUCAUGUUCCUUAUUUUGUUACUUUUUAUCGCAAGCUUUUAAGUUUCGUUACACAAUACAAAUUUUUCCUUUACGUUAACUUUAUCUUGUAUUUAAUCAACGAAACACAAAAAUCAUUUAUAUGUAGGGAUUUGAUAGUAUUUUUGUUUCACAAAAAAAUGAGCUUAGUUUCUAAUGCAUUUUAAAGAUUAAUACUCAAUACAUAAUACACAUGUUAACCCACUAAAUUCUUACUUCUCAGUUAGAAGUGAUUUCUCAAUUUGUGUGCACACCCUUGCACUUUGACUUUUUAGUAAAAUCACUGCUAUUCAUCUACCGUUUGACUGUAUUAUUUUUACUUUCUCGUUUAAUAUGAGUUGAAAGAUUUAAUAGUUCACAUCUACUUAUCACAAAUUUAAACAUCUAUAUCUUGUUAUGGUCUAAUUCAGCCCUGUUUUACUGACAAAACAAUCAUUCAAAAACAUGUAUUUUCUUUUACAAAGCUUCAAGCAAGGGCUCAGAGCUUAAAGUAAAAUUGAAUAGCUCUCGCUGAAAUAUUCAUCUGUAUUACGUAUGCUCAACUCAUAAAAAUAUAUUCCUGCCCGUUUAAAAGUGCUCUUAGCCAGAAAAUAUCAAAAAUUUGGUGCUAGUCAAUUUUUUUCCAUUCUUUAAGGAAGAAAUGAUAAUAUUUUAUGUAACUAAUUAAUGUUCUGACUUAGUAUUACCCACAUUUCAACUCUUCUAUGUUACUAUCAUCGGACUCGCAUAGAAUUGCAUGACUGGAUCGUAACAUUUGUUCUCAAAUUCAUGUAUCCCUCUGUGAGGAACAUAAGUUCUCUGAGUCAGAGUUUGAUUGAUAUCCUAUUUAAACUUUCGAAUCAUUUUCCUAUUCUACAGAUGGAUUUACAGCACUGAUGAGAAUGUUAUACAUAAUAGUCAAACAAUCAAUUAAUAAUAUAUAAUUGAAUUUAUGAAUAUUUUUUCAAAAGUCUUUGAAAUGCAUAAUCCUUUAGAAGUAUGAGAGAAUCUCACUAAUCGUUUUUGUUUUCUUGAAAAAAUUCGCAUGUGAACAAAUUCAACACCACCCGUAAAUUUUUUUGAGAUCGCUCUUUUCUAUAAUUCUUUUGCUUCAGUCAAUUAUGAUUAUGAAAGAAAAACACACUAUCUCAAGAUCCAAGAUAAAGAUCUGGGAGUUUAAAUUAUUCAUUCAUUAUCAAGUGUUUCGGCUUGGUUCAGAGAAGGUUCCUCUUAGAUUACCUAUCAUCUUUUUGAUUCAGAUUUGUUCAAGAAUCAAGAAUCUUGGACCUUCGAUCAGACUGUCUUUUGUGCUUCCAAGUAAUAUUGUUUAAAUCCUGUUGGUUUCAGAAUUGAUAGGAAGGCUUUGGUUGAUAUAGUAGAGAUUUUUAUUCGUUGAUUAUUAUUUUAUGUCCCAACUGCCUAUAGUCCAUCAUUAUUCAUUGUUAAUGUUCCUGCAGCCUGAUUGUUGAAAAUGUUUGUUUGUCGGGACGACAUAGAUGAAAUAGGUUAAAAGGUAAAGCGUGAUUGGUCGGCUAUGUCUUAUCCCUGCUUUGUCGUGUCUAUGUCGGGUUGACCUCACGACAAGCUAACGGGACCUUUUAAGUCUCCGACAGUAUGUCAUCCAUUCCACCUGACAAAGGCAGGACAAAGCAGCGAUAAGGCAUAGUCCAAUCACACUCACAUGACUGACCAAUCACACUCCGCCUUUUAACCUAUGUCAUAUUUGUCGUCCCGACAAACAAAAAAUAUCAACAAUCAGGCUGCUUUACUCUGCUGUAACUCUUUGUCAAAGUCCAUAACUUGAAUUGUUCAAUUUUUCACGUUGUAAUUGUAAUUUAUUUGUUAUUUGUUUUAAAUGCUGAUGGAUUUUGGUUAAAGACUGCACUAUUGCAAUCUCUUCCAAAUCAGGGACCUGUGAGAGAAGAGUCCGUGCCAAAUAAAGUUACAGAAUGCAGUGCGAAGAAUGCAACGGAAGAUCAGCUGUCUUCAGUUGAGCAUUGAAAGUGAAUGCAAGACUCAAGAUGGCAGAUUAUCUUUUGCAUUCUAAAAGUAAGUGAACUUAUUUGGUGUGGACUCUAGCAAACCAAUGGAUUCAUUACUCAAGGCAAAAUCCAAUAAAAGAGGAAUCAACAGAAAUUAAUUCAGGUUUUGUUCAAAAUAUUUUCUUUUCACUUUUUUUUCAUUUAUUUAUCAAUUUUAUUUUUCAUGCAGAUUGGUCCCAACGUAGCUUAUGUAAUUGAAAAUACAACCCCACCUCCCUCCUUUUCCAAAAAUGGUGCCAGGGUUUUCUUCUUUUACUCUACAAGCUUUUUUUCAUCCUUAUCUUUUCUCGUCUUUUUUAUUUAUUCUGGAUGUAUGACUAAUUCAGUAUUUCAUUCAUAUUAAUCUAUCUCUCUCUAUCUGUCGCCUCAGUUCUUUAUUUCUCACCUCAGUAUUCGUAAUUGAUGGGAUAACAUUGGAAAGAGUAUGAAACAAAAAUAUUUUCUUCACUGGAAGCUGGUUUUUAUGAGUUUCACUAUUUCAACAUGACCACGUCAGUUCUUCAAUUAAUUAUAUUCGCGCAAAGGCUAUAAUUUGUAAAAACGUUUUAUGUGCCCAAGAACAACUGUUGAAUUAAGAUUUUAAACCUGUAGGUACCUUGCCUACAAAUUUGCCUUUUAUCAGUAAAGUUUUCCUUUUUAUUAUAAUCAACGACUGGUCUAUUAGCUCAGCACAUCUCUUUAAAGUAAAACAUUGAUACCAUCACCGAAUUAAAAGAAUAGGUACUUAGACUGAUAAAUCAGACUUCCCACUCACACUGUUAAAUCCAUAUGAAAUUAAGUACCAAUUGUUGUAUUAUUUAAGUUGCAUAGUUCUAUUGUAUUGCUGUUAUGUGUUUCAUAUUUUAAACUGUCAUUACCUAGUUAUUUCAGAGCCCUUAAGAAAUGUGACAGAGUGCGGAAAAACAAGGUGAGGUGAUAACGCAUAAUGAGACAACUGCACCUCAGUUUAGAUAUUUCAAUCCUUCAUCAUGUGCCACUACGAACACUUGAAUAUUUCAAACAUUGGUCCUUUGGGUAGCAAAUUAAAAUUCAAGAAUGAAAACGAGAAAUUUGAAAAAAAACUGCUGACCAAGUUUGCUAGGAAAUGCUUCAACUCUACAAAAAAAAUCAGUAUAAAUACUCAUAACCUUAGAGUCUAACAUAAUGUCCUUGAGAGAAGUAGAAAAUGCUUAGAAUUGAUAUUAUGGACCCCCAAACCAGUUUUUUUGCUGUACUGUGCAUUUGAAUUCCAACCUCAAGGCACUUUUUACAUUUUGCCUGACUCCGUCACAAUUAUUUUUAAGGGCCACAUGGUUACCUACAUUCAAAGCACUAAAGGUGCUGAUAUGAUUAUUUAUUUGUUUGUCCCCCACCAUUCUUGAAGGAUUUUGCUUUGUCAGCUUACUAUUGCGAGGAACUAGGUAUUUAUCCGAUUUGUUAUGAAAUACCUAUUAAAAUUCUUUGAUACUCAGUAUGUGUAUGCAAAUAAAUUAGGUAUAACUGGAAGAUAAA